ACGUAUACCUUCCUACAACCAUAUGGUUCCUUCCAUUAUUUUGACUAACUCUAUGUCUUUAAGGGCGGAUAAAUUGGAGAGGUGGGGCGUCAGGGCACCGUACAAGGGCUACCUAUCUGGCGAUUCCUACAAUACCUUCUCUCAGAACAUGGAACCAGAAUAUAUCAGCAUCUCAGAAGAUGAUCGCACCGCUUAUGUGUGUUUACAGGAAAACAAUGCUAUUGCUGUCGUCGAUAUCGAGCAGAGGACCAUCACAGACAUUAUACCACUUGGAACUAAAUCGUGGGGGCAGAUGUACAUCGAUGGAAGCGACAAAGACAACAAAAUCUUCCCAGAGAACAAAAAGUACGACAUUUUCAGCUUCUACCAGCCAGACGCAAUCAAGGUCUUCAGUUUCAAUAAUACAGACUAUAUAUUCACUGCCAAUGAGGGCGACAGAUUCGAAUAUGAGCUUGGUAGUGAUGAUUGGGACGAAGGCAUUCGAGGAAAGGACCUGUACGACGGAGAUGAAGGUGUGGAGCUAUCUGACUCUAUGUCAUCAAAUCUGAAAGAUCAACUGAAGGACAAUGAUGAACUUGGUCGUCUCAAGUUCAGCAGGACCGACGGUCUAGAUGAUGACGGUAAGGUUCUUCGCCCCCACUUCUUUGGGGCCCGCGGUGUGUCUAUCUUCAGGCCUUACGGGGUACCUAGCCUGAAAAACAUAGAACGUGUCUGGGACAGCGCGGACGACGUCGAGAGGAGAAUGAAGGAGUCGUACCCGGAUGUAUUCAAUGGCGACACCAAACCUGGCGAGGCGGAUAACGAAACCCCAGGAGACCUACAGGAUUCACGCUCCGAUAACUUGGGGCCCGAGUGUGAGAGUAUCGAGUUUGGCGAGAUAAACGGCAAGACCUACGCAUUUUUCGGCAUCGAUCGAAGCGCCGCCAUUCUCAUCUAUGAGAUUGUUAUGCCAACUUCCACCAGUGACAUGGAACUAAGGUUUGUAGAUGUUAAACGGGACGGUGGAACAAGUCAAACCUAUCAAGAACUUCUGGAAGAACGCAAUCUCGGCGACCUGGAUCCAGAAGACCUGCGCUUCGUGCCAGCCUCCAAAUCCCCAUUCGACAGGCCGAUGCUAAUCGUCACCAGCACUGUAAGCGGUACCAUCCAAGUCUACGAAGUCAACCUCUAA